AUGAAGAUAGAAUUGAAACCUGGCGAAACAACGAUUGUUUCAUGGGUUAAGCUGCUUAAAGAAUCCGGCAUUCCGGUUGAUCAGUCUCCUCCUCCAUCACCUGAGCCUCCGAAGUGGUUUCAUGAAGAAGAUGAGUCAAGAAGAGAGUACUCCAACAUCAUUCUUAAGAAAGAGAAGGAAGAGCAAAACUAUAGAUCUUCUACAAUAGAGCAUUGCCAACCAAAAAAGCAGAGGACUGAUAUCUCACAAGUCCUGGAAAGGGUCAAUGUUGUUCAACUCACCAAAAACACAAAAAUGGGACAUGCGAGGGUAAAAUCGUCAACUGAUGUGAAUUAUCAUUAUGAUAACAAGAACAAAUCAGGAUCUCCUUGUGGAAUGACAUCUGAUUGGGCUGCUGUAUGUGUUGACCUUAGUGAAGAACAUUCGGUCAACAAUGGAAGGAAUGAGCUUCCUGACCUUAAUGUUCCUUAUACAAUGCAGACAACAAGUACUUCAUCAAGAGACAUUAAGGAUGAAUCUUGUGAUUUGAUGAAUGGAUCAAUGCUCGAAAGUACCAUCUUGGAGAUGGAGACAAUGGUUGCAGAGUCAAGACAACUGCAUGGUGAUGUUCAAGAUUCGGUUCAUUCAGUUGCAUCUAAAAGCCAUUUGCCUCCAGAACUUAAGAAAAAGCUUGAGACUGUUGCUAGAUUAGCACAUUCAAGCCAAGGGAAAAUAUCAGAUGAGCUAAUGAUGCGUCUUAUGAGCAUUCUUGGACACUGGUUGAAGCCAAGAACACUAAAGAGAUGCUUGAGGGAUAUUGUUUCAUCAUCAACAUGUGGAUUGGAUGAUUCCCGGUUUAUCCAGAUUAAAAAGGAGGUUGUUGAAAUGAUCAAAUUGCGGGCCCCAUCAAUGGAAACAAAGGUUGCUCAUAAUGCAAAAUACAGUAUGGACCAAGAGAUGGAAGAUAAAAUAUGUGAUUUCUAUGACAUUUAUGUCCAGGCGAUGGAUGAAAUUAAAAACUCAGAAAUACGAAAAUUCUACAUUCAGCUUGCGGCUUUGUGGCCAAAAGGGAGCAUGGACAACCAUGGAAUACGAAAUGCAAUUUGUAGAGCCAAAGAACGUAGAAGAACACUAUUGCAAGAAAAGGGGCAUGAAAAGAAGCCUACUGCAGGGGUGGAUAACAAUCUCCAUGAUGAAGAAGCUAACUUAGUUGCUGAACAGGGAAAAACGGUAAAUGACCAUAAUGCCCCUGUUGUAAAUUUUCUGGACACUGUUGUCCCUGGCACGCCUGAACUUGAUCGGAAACUUGGUGCACCUGCAAAAAGGUUCAGCCCACCAUCAGCAGGCGAUUGCUGAGUUGUAUAGGACACUACCCGUGAAACUGUAUAUAAAUGGUAACAUUUAUGUGACCAUAAUGCCCCUGUUCUAAGAGGUUUUAACCUCUCAAUCUUGAUUUUUGUUACAUUUAUGUGAAAACAGGCCAAUUGUACCAGUUUUUUUUUUUCACAUAAAUGGUAAUAUGUUUAAAACAAUUUCAUUAAAUAAUUACCAAGUUUCAGUUUUGUUGUAUGUUUGGUAGUUGGUACCUCA